GACUUUAUCAGACCACUUGCUUCCCUCAGUGGAGCUAAAAGUUUCAACAGGUUUGGUGGAAAUACAAUUGAUCUGAAGACAUUUUGUGAUCUGACGAGCUGACAUUGUUGAGUUGCUAUGGCGCAGGCCCGUUUGACGGACUAUUUUGCUCAAAGUAAAAAAGGAGGAAUCGAUAGAGCUGCGAGAGGUAAAGGACAAAAGGCAAAUGCCGUCAAUGUGGACGUCGCUGUUGCAAGACCAACUCGACAAAACACAAGAACUGCAGGCCGUCCGAAAAUCACAAGAUCCAGCUCUGUACAAGAAGAAUUUCUACGGGUUAUUAACGAAGCGGUGUCAACCAGCGAUGAAGCGAAAUUCACCGAGGACAAGGUGGAUAUUCACGCAAGCCCGAAAACUCCAAAAAGGCGUUCGACUGAGGUAGAGUUUGAUCUCGGUUCGGCGGUGUUUACCACAGCUGAGCAACACAGCAGUGCAAAGAAACGUGCUCGCGUGGGUCCCUCACAAGAAGGCAACACCGUAGCCGAAAAAGCAGCAGUCAAAACUGGAAAACGGACAGCGAGAAAACGCCUGAUCCUUUCGAAAGACGGAGAACAGGCCGCUACCAAUGCAAAGGAGCCCUCCCCACAGUCACCCAUUCCCGAAGGUGUGGACAAACAAUCGAAGGGAGCUGUUAACCCCUCACCCAACCCCUCUACUACUCUCCCUAAAAGCACAACUACCAAGAAGCCAUUGACCAAAGAUGAUGUGGCCGCACUCAAAGCCAGACUCCAAAGGCUCCAGGGUCAAGCUCAGACCGCCGUGACUCCUUCCCCUGCCCCUGCACCCAUGCUGGCAGAGCUGAAGGCCAGAUGCCACGACGUGUUGGAGCGAACAGCCAAGAUACAGCAACGGAACGAGAAGAUAAAGGCCAAGAUAGCAGAGUCAGAAGCACAAGCACAACCCGAACCAGAGGGAGAGAAGGCACCAGCAUACCAGCGUUACCACACCCUUGCCCAGGAUGUACCCCCCGGUCUCUCGCUGCCCUACAAGUACAAAGUGCUGGCAGAGAUGUUCCGCAGCAUGGACACCAUCGUGAGCAUGCUUUUUAAUCGCUUGGAGACCGUCACCUUCUCCAAAGUAAAGCAGGGUGUUCAAGAAAUGAUGCGCAAGAGGUUUGAGGAGAGUCACGUGGGACAGAUCAAAACCGUGUACCCCACUGCCUACAAGUACAGACAGGAGAGAAACAUCCCAAACUUCAGCACCAUGGCGAAAAAGUCCACUUACCAACUCACCCUCGAGCCAGUCAUCGAAGAAGAGCAGUCUGGCUCUCGCCCCGUCCUAUCAGCAUCUCUAAUGCUGGAUCGGACGAGAACGUUCCACCACAACCUUGUCAACGUUGUCAAAGAACACCACAAGCGAUUUCUGGAGACUCUGGACCCUCCAGUGGUGGUGCCCGAUGACAUGCUUACCCGCUGGCAUCCACGUUUCAAUGUGGACGAGGUGCCCAACAUCCACCCCAGCGAGCUGCCACAGCCUCCCCAGACGGAGAAGCUGACCACCGCACAGGAGGUCCUGGACAAGGCCCGUGCCCUCAUGACGCCCAAGAUGGAGAAAGCACUGGCUAACAUGGCCCUGAAAACAGCAGAGACUCCACUCUCCAAGGAAGAACAAACUCCCGGGCCUAAGGAGGUGGCGUCCCCUGCUGCGACUCCCUCCGCGGCUAACAGCUCCCUCAAAGGAGUGUCCCAGUCUCUGCUUGAGAGGGUUCGAGCCAAGGAGGCCCAGAAGCUGCUGGUAGCUAUGACGCGAAACCCAGAACAGGAAAAGCGGCUGACCAUGAUGUCCCACCUGGAAGAGAUGGCCAGGAUCCUGCGCAACGUGUUUGUGGCCGAGAAGAAACCGGCACUCACCAUGGAGGUGGUCUGCAGCAGAAUGAUUGCCAGCUAUCGCUCUGCCUUUACCCCAGUCGAAAUGGAGAAACAUCUCAGACUGCUGGCAGAACUGACACCAGACUGGCUGACCAUCCAUCCAAUCAGAAAAGACACAUAUCUGAAGCUGAACAAGACUGCGGACAUGAGUGCUGUACAGAACAAACUGAGCCAGAAGAUGAAAGAGGAGGAAAGGAAAUGAGUGAACAUUUGUUCCAGUUGACUUAAAUAGUUGUCGAAGUGCAAUCACGUUUUAUUUUUUUAUAUGCUUGAAAUAGUCAUGGACUGACUUGAAUUUGAUCAAAGGUCAGUCGGACUGCUAUGCUGUGGGUUUGAUUUCACGUAGAGGUGUUUAUUGAAAAAAAAACAUUUCUUGUUGUAGUUAUUGACUACUUUCGCCCACAUUUGUAAUAAAGGUUUUAUUCUGAUUAGCA